AUGAGGAAACAAGUUAGAAGUGAUAGUGAAGCAUAUGAAAUGUAUAAUGAUUAUGCAUUUAGGCAUGAAUUUAGUAUUAGGAGGGGAAAAAAUCAAUAUGUUGGUAAUUGGAGAGGCAGAAAUUACUUAUGCUCAAAUGCUGGUGUUUGGACUGUUGUAAAACAUAAUAUGGAUCACAAUCAUGCUAUGAUUCCAACUGAGAAGAGACAUCUCCUCAGGUCUCAAAGGAAAAUUCAAGGUGAGCAUUUGAAGUUCAUAAGUACUAUGAAGACUAGUGGAGUUAGGGUUUCCGAUUCUUUGCGUUCUUUGCGGAAAGAAGCCGGUGGAUCUCCUAAUCUUUGCUUUACUUCUAGUGAUGCUUACAAUGCUUUGGCUACUGAAAAAGCUGGCAGAUUAGAUUGUUGUGAUUGCAAUACUUUGAUCAAGUACUUUGCUGCAAGUCAAGCCAAAGAAUUUGAUUUUUAUUAUGAGUUUGAGGUGGAUGUAACUCGUUCCCUUACAAGUGUAUUUUGGAGGGAUGGAAGACUGCGAAGAGACCAUGAAGUUUUUGGUGAUUUAAUGGUGUUUGAUACCACAUAUAGAACCAAUAAGUAUGGCAUGAUUUGUGCACCUUUUGUUGGUAUGAAUCAUCAUUGCAAUAAUGUGAUGUUCGGAAUGGGUUUUGUCCUUGAUGAGAAGACCAGUAGUUUUAUAUGGUUGUUUGAGGCUUUUAUGAGAUCUAUGGGAGGAUGUCGUCACCCCGCAAUGUUAAUGACAGAUCAAGCACCUUCAAUUGCUGCAGCAAUUAGAGAAAUUUUUCCAAGCACUCGGCAUCGUUUGUGUACUUGGCACCUUGGUGAGAAUUCAAAGACCAAUAUAGGAGCACUUAGAAUCUUGAAGGGGUUUUCAAAAGUAUUCGACUAUUUGCUUAAGUAUUGCGAAUGUCCUGCUGAAUUUGAACUUUACUGGCCAAGAGUGAGGAGUAAAGAAAGUGAGCAAGAUUUCCGUUUUUUGAGGGGUAACCUUCAUCUUGCAGUAGCUAAUGACCAAUUUGCAAAAAGGAUUUCAUGUUCUCAAGAGUGGAAGCAUGAAGAUGAUGAGACUAUUUGUUAUUAUGUUUGGAGGCCAAAUAAGGACAUCAUAAGGCAUGAAGUUACUUAUGAGAAAUUCACCUUCAACAUCAAUUGCACUUGA